AUGAAUGCAAGCGAUUUAGCGACGUUCGAGGCGCUCAGCGAGAAGCUUUAUACGAGCAACCAGGCGCAAGACAGGGAACAGGCCGGCCGGCUCUUGCAUCUCUUCGUGCAGCCCCCAGCGAAGCUCGACUUCUCCCUCCUUACGCAGGCCCAGUUCGUGUUGGACCACUCCUCUUCCCGCUACGCGCUCGUGCUCGCUGCCACCGCCCUCUCCAAGGUUAUAGGCGAUCAUUGGCCCGCUCUGCCAUCCCAAACCCGGCUCGGUCUCCGGACCUAUCUCCUCAACCUGAUGGGCACGAAGGGUACCACGCUCGACGAUUUCGUGGCCAUCGCGUUGGUGAAGCUCGUCUGUCUGGUACUCAAGCUCUCGUGGAUGGAGAAUGCCGAGCAGACGAAAGAGAUCAUGCAGCGCCUGGGGCAGUGUCUGUGCCACAUUGCCACCUGGGCUUGCGCAUCUUGGGUCACCUGGUAG